AUGUCAAAUUUGUCAAAGCUUGAAUUUGUGGCACUUGACAUUUCUAGAAAGAACUAUUUGUCAUGGGUACUUGAUGCUGAAAUUCACCUUACCACUAAGGGUCUUGGUGAUUGUAUAAUCGAAGGAAAUAAAGAAUCAAGUCAAGAUAAAGCAAAGGCAAUGAUUUUCCUUCGUCAUCAUCUUGAUGAAAGCCUGAAGGUUGAAUACCUAACAGUGAAAGAUUCACUUGAAUUGUGGAUAGGUUUGAAAGGGAGGUAUGACCACCUCAAGGCAAUGCAUAAUGACCUUUUAAUGAAAAAUCAUGAAGCCCGUCCAGUUGGAAGUGCUCCAUUACCGGAGGAACAAGGGGUAGAAGCACACAGCCAGUAUGAAAUAAGACAAAAUAAUCGGGGCCAUGAUAAUGUGCGCGGGCGUGGCAAAGGCAAAAGACGAUAUAAUAAUCGUCGAGGCGGCGGUUAUAACAAAAGAGAAAAUAAUAUGGAUUCUCAAAAUACUCCUUUAAAAGGCAAGAGUGAUCACUGUCAUCGUUGUGGCCUUAAAGGUCACUGA